AGAAAGAGUUUAGGCUUGUCCUCACCUUCCUCCUCCAACUCUCUCUCUCUCUCUCUCUCUCUCUCUCUCUCUCUCAAAACAUAUCUCCAUAAAGCCCUAGUUUCAUCAUCACAAGAUCAUCAUCAUAAGAAGAUAUGGGAAGGUCUCCAUGCUGCGAGAAAGACCACACGAACAAAGGAGCUUGGACUAAGGAAGAAGACCAUAAGCUCAUCUCUUACAUCAAAUCUCACGGCGAAGGCUGUUGGCGUUCUCUCCCUGCAUCCGCCGGCCUUCUCCGCUGCGGCAAAAGCUGCCGUCUCCGUUGGAUUAACUACCUCCGUCCUGAUCUCAAGAGGGGUAACUUCACCCUCGAAGAAGAUGAUCUCAUCAUCAAACUACAUAGCCUCCUUGGAAACAAGUGGUCUCUUAUUGCGACGAGGUUACCGGGAAGAACAGACAACGAGAUUAAAAACUACUGGAAUACACAUGUAAAGAGGAAGCUUAUAAGAGGAGGGAUUGAUCCCGCUACUCAUCGGCCGAUCAAAGCUCGUCGAGAUUCGCCUGAGUUUAGAGAAACAGAGGACUCGCUUGUAAAGGUUCUCUCUUUCGGUCCUCAGUUGGAGAAAGAGGAAGGUUUUGGGGAGGAGAGAAGAUAUCAAAAGGGUUCGGCUUGCAAAAACGAGAGCUUAGAUUUGAAUCUUGAGCUUAGAAUCAGCCCGCCCUGCCAAAACCAACAGCACCGUGAUGAGACUAAACUCCAGUUUGGGAAAGAGAAGUAUCGCUGCGGCGCGUGUCGUUUUGGGUUAAGAAACGCCAAGGAGUGUAGCUGCGGUAAUGUGAAAUGUCAGAUAGAGGAUAGUAGUAGUAGCAGCUACUCUUCAAGCGACAUUAGUAGUAGUAUUGUUGGUUAUGACUUCUUGGGUUUAAACACUAGUGUCGUGGAUUUUACUAGCUUGGAAAUGAACUGAAAUGAACAAUAUUUAAAAAAAAGGCUUUAGAGACUCUUUCUUGUACAUUCUAAAAUCUUCUAAGUUUGAACACCAAUCGGAGCCAUUAAAGAAAA